AUGAAUGAAACAGCCUUUUUGUUGAAGGUACACUCUGGACCAGUUAAGAGAGAGCUCACGACCCUUUUGCAGCAAGAUAUUGCUAUAUAUCUUCCCAACCAAUUCAAUGGGCAGUAUGACCCCUAUUUUGGUCUUCCUAUUGCUCUUGUUGAGAUUAUAGACGGCGGGGAUACAGAUAAUACAGUUGUUGUGCAAAAAGAAUUAGGAGAUACACCAUUUCAAGUAGGCUCAGCGGGCCUUCAUGGAUGUACCAUUGUUACAAUUGUGUCGGACAAGGCGGCCUACAUGGGUCAUUUCUGGGAGAUUCCCUCAUGGCCGAGCACUACAAGGGAAUUCAAUGAACGUGUGCUCAAUUUCUUCAGUGGCAGUGGUCAGUUUGGAAUUGGACCUGGUCUUAACCCAGCGCUUUUUACCGCAAACGACAACACGCGUGUCUACAUUAUGACCCCCCGUCGUAGGGGAGCUAGAUACACUACAUCAAAUUAUACAAAAAAGGUACCAAUUCUGAUUAGUACUAUCAAAACGGCUUUGGGGAAUCAAAACGUGCCUGUUGCUGUCUGGAAAUAUGUGCGGCUUAAUUACCACAAUCCGAGUGAGGAGGCACUUGCCAACACAAACCAGAGGGGCAUUGCACUUUUCCAAUUUGAUCCAAACGCGUUCGGCAUGGGGAACCGUGGCUGGAGAAUCUUGUACGAAGAAAUGCAGUUUUUAUCUACCGAUCCUACCCCAGGCCCAGAUUCCGAAAAUGGCAUUCCACCCCUGCCGCCACUGGCCGACAACGCAGAGUAA